AUGACAGAAGGUCCACCCCUGAGGAUUGUCCUGAUUGGGAACACCGGAGUGGGGAAGAGUGCCUCAGGAAACACCAUUCUGGGGAGAGAAGCAUUUGAGUCCUUACCCACAGCCAAUUCUGUCACAAAUACAUGUGAGCUAGCAUCAACCGCAAGCCCACGUGAAAUUCUUGUGGUUGAUACCCCUGGUGUAUUUAACGUAGAUAUAGACCAAACUGAAAUUGUAGAGGAGCUCCUUAGGUGCAUUAAAUUGUCUGCCCCAGGCCCCCAUGCCUUCCUGCUGGUAAUACAGGUGGGUCGCUUCACCUGGGAGGAGCGGAAUGCAGUCAGGGCCCUCCAGGAGAUCUUUGGGGAGAAGGCCAAAGACUACAUGAUCGUCCUCUUUAGCCGUGGGGAUGAGCUUGUGGGUCGUGGGGCGACAGAGCAGUUUGUGCAUACGUGCCAUAGACGACUAAAAGAGGUGAUCAGAAGUUGUGGAAUGAGAUACCAUGCAUUUAACAACAACAGCAGAGACAGGACUCAGGUUGAUGAGCUGAUCAGGAAAAUAGAUGGGAUGGUGGCAGCUAACGGUGGACAGCACUUCACUGUAUGAAGAGAAAAGCUGGGUCUUUCUCCUCAGCAAAUGCUUUCUUUGGUAAAUA